AUGUUGGCUAACAAAACUGUAUCUAGGUUUGAGGAGAUGCUUAUGAGUAUGAAGGCUGUCUUGUCCUUGAAGCUGCCAAAAACUAUGAAUGAGAAAAAUCCAGGAUCUCAUUUUGGAGAGACCAAAGAUGAUGAUGAAAGCUGUAAGCUAGCAGUGCUCAAAAAAGAGGACAGAACCAGAGGUGACAUUUCCUCGCACUUCUCUUCCUUUGCUGCCAUCUCUCCGACCAGGCAAGCCAUGCGCCACUUCAUCAGGAUGAAUGCCACCUACUCCAAAAGCCGCCUUGCCAAUAAGGUAGCCUUGGUCACCACCUCCACCAAAGGAAUUGGCUUUGCAAUUGCUCGCUGCCUGGCCCAAGAUGGUGCUCAUGUGGUUCUGAGCAGCCGGAAACAAGACAAUGUGGACCGGGCCGUGGCUGAGCUGCGAUCAGAGAACCUCAGCGUGUCAGGUUUGGUGUGCCAUGUGGACAAAGCUGACGACAGGCAGCGCCUGAUUGAGGCGGCUCUUGAGCGCCAUGGAGGGAUUGACAUUUUGGUGUCUAUUGCAGCUGUGAACCCCUAUUUCGGUCCCAUCCUUGACACACCAGGAGAGGUCUGGGACAAGAUCCUGGAUACCAGCGUCAAAGUUUCUGCCAUGUUGGUUCAAUCGGUGGUGCCUCAUAUGGAAAAAAGAGGAAGUGGCACUAUUGUCCUGGUCAAUUCCCUUGGAGCCUAUACCAUUUUUCCGGGUUUUGGUCCCUACAGUGUCAGCAUGACCGCUCUUCUGGGCCUCAUGCGCAAUUUUGUCCCUGAAUUGAGCUCCCGAAAAAUACGCAUCAACUGCAUAGCAACCGGCAUGAUCAGAAGCAAGCUCAGCUUAGUGAUAUGGGAAGAUAAAGGCAUACUGGAAAAAAUAAUGGAGUCCAUGGGGAUCCAAAGGGUUGGAGAACCAUCCGACUGUUCCAGCAUUGUUUCAUUCCUUUGUUCGCCAGAUGCUGACUAUAUUACAGGAGAGACUAUAGCGGUGGCCGGAGGUGCACCGUCCUGUCUCUGAUGGGAAUUCUGAUCCUCCUGUGAACAUGGCACAUGCUUUCACCCAGCCCUUCUAGCAUU